AUGUUUCCGUUGUUUAAACUUAAAAAAUCGUAUUAUCAUGUUAAUGCAAAGUCGAGGUUCAUUUCGUCGCCUUUGAAUGUCCCUUCAAGAACCAAAAGAGUUUGGAUUGGACUCAUAUUUGAUUGGUUAUUAAUUCUUGCAAUGUUUGGUAUAUCGCAAUGGUUCUUUUUGGUGCCUAAACCACCGGUAGCCUAUUUUCGCGUAGAUGAUGAGGAUUAUAUGCGUCCUGAGAUUCCCGAAAUAAUAUCUUCCGGUGUCGCCGGUUUCUUGUCUGGGGGUGUUCCAUUGAUUAUUUUACUUAUCCUCCAAGUGUUGUUCUUUUGGAACAAAUGGGAUUUGUAUCAUAUGGUCACUGGCCAUGCAACUAGUGUGGCAUUUUCCUUGGUGUUUACGUCACUAUUUUGGAUCACAGUUGGAAGUCAUCUUGGAUUGCGCCCAUAUUUUCUUACGAAAUGUCAACCCGAUGUGCACAGACUAAGCCCGGAUAUUAUUUAUUAUACAGCCGACAUUUGUACGCAGCCAUUGAAAAAGUUUGAUUUCCAAGGAUUUCCCAGCGGACAUGCGUCAAAUGCUUUUGCAGGAUGGGUGUUCUUUGUCUUGUACUUGAAUUCGAAAUUGAAGCCAUGGAACGGAACAGCGUACGUAUGGAAGGGACUAGUCCUCACCCUUCCUUUGGCUCUUGCCACAUGGGUAGCUCUCACCCGUGUGCGCGACUUUCGUCAUUUUCCUUUCCAAAUAAUCCUCGGCUCACUCAUCGGCAUCGCUAGUGCAAUCUUAAGUUAUCGUCUAAACUUUGUCGUUUUCGGAUGGUUCCUUGGCCCAGGAGAUGGAAAUGAUCAUAUACCCGCGAGGUAUCAGUAUUUGGCAGCAAAGAAGGAUGUUCCGAAUGCAAAUGGAACUGGGAAAAGAGAAGUGGAAGAAGUCACACAGGCGCACAACCCUGCUGCCACGCAGAUGGUAUAA